AUGCCGGGCUUUGACUUCUCCAACUACAACCGCAACGCGGCACUUCACGCCAGGGGCGUUCCCCUCCCCAAAGCCACCAGCACCGGUACAACAAUUGUGGGAUGUGUCUAUGAUAAGGGUGUUGUGAUUGCAGCAGAUACUCGUGCCACCAGCGGUCCUAUAGUAGCAGACAAGAACUGUGAGAAGCUACACUACAUCGCGCCGAAGAUCUGGUGUGCUGGAGCCGGUACCGCCGCCGACACCGAGUUCACAACAGCACUCAUCAGUUCCAAUGUCGAAUUGCACUCUCUAUCAACGGGCCGCGACCCUCGUGUCAUCACCUGCAUGACCAUGCUCAAGCAGCACCUCUUCCGCUACCAAGGUCACAUUGGAGCCUACCUUGUGGUUGCAGGUGUUGACCCGACCGGCACAGGACUGUACACUGUGCACGCACACGGUUCUACAGACAAGCUCCCCUACGUGACUAUGGGAUCUGGAUCUCUGGCAGCUAUGUCUGUAUUCGAGUCGACCUGGCAACCAAACCUUGACCGCCAGGGUGCCAUCGACAUCUGCGCCGAAGCUAUCAAGGCCGGUAUCUUCAACGAUCUGGGUUCCGGAAGCAAUGUCGAUGUGUGCGUUAUCGAGAAGGACCAGCCUACACAGUUGCUCCGCAACUACAUGAAGCCCAACGACCGCCCACAGAAGGAGCGCAACUACCGCUUCCAGCGCGGUACGACUGCUUACCUCGACCAGCGGGUCAUCAGCAAGGAGGACAUGAAGAAAUAUGUUACGAUUGAAACUCUGUCGGGCGAUGACAACCUCGCUGCUGGCGACAACAUGGAGGUUGAUUCUUAG